AUGUGUACAGUGAAUGCAUCCCGUCACCGCCCUCGUAGUCAUCCCAAUCCUGUAGAGGUCGUUGCUGCAAAGUGGUUUUGUUGGUCACGCGACGUCUUGGCAUCUCAGAUCAGCUCCGAUGGCGCUCUGGGGAUGCGCCUGGAGCUGACCGCCCAGGGCAGUCUGGACACGCAGCGCGCGCUCCUAUUCGCCAAUGCGCUUACCGCGAACGCCUUCCGGGUUGGUAUGCACAAACUGCAAAGGCGCUACGGCACUCUCAACCUUGGUCAGGACGUCAUGAGCACCGAUCGACUGGCCGACGGAGGUCCUCCCUUCCAGCAGAUGAUCUAUAUUACUCAUCCCUGGAACCGUGGUCCUGCGGCUGCUGCACAAGCAAACUCUGAACGUCGACUUCUGACAACCGCCUACCCUGCGAAGCCGCCCUUCCCUCAACUCCCGGCCAGUACCAGAGGUGACCGAGGGGAGGACUACUCUUUCACCCUCGAGGCUGAAUCAUCGAUCGAGGUAGAUGGCAUAAGAGACACUUGCUUAUCCACCGGACCCUGGAAACACGUGUUUGACUUUUUGGGCUGCGAUUUCCACUCAUUCAGUAAAGCGCUCGUGUCUGGUAUGUCAAUUGUGAACCGCGUAUUUGGGUGCACGCUGCUCGUUGCCGAGGUCAACUGGCUUUGGGGCAUCGCCUCGGGGUGGCAGGUCGGUGCUGGACGGGCGGCGGCAAACAGAAGUUCUGGAUCUGGAUCUCAGCUGCUUUGGCUCGGCUCUGCCUCGUACCCCACCAAGGGACUGAUGGAGACCAACUCAAAUCGCGGGCAGAACGGGAGCACCAGGCGGUCGGCGUCCCGCUCCGUGUCGCAUUCUCACAAGCUUUCUUCCGGGAGCACGUCGAGCAUAUCCAGUCGCAAGAGCCGGCAUGCUGAACCAGUUGCAAGCUUUGAGGUUCCUGUGGAUGCGAGUUUAUCAAUGCCUCCACCGCCCCGACCCUCGAGCUUGAAAAGCCCUCGCUCGUCCUUUCUGCAGAGCCGCCGUGAGUCGGCCGCCUCGGAACCAUGGAGCGAGGAAUACCGCUCGAACAACCGCCUGCAGCAGGGAGACGCUGAGGGUCUCCGCUCGCAGGAUGGGGACGAACUAGCCGUCGACGACCACGACACCCCUCGGCUUGGCCCUACCACUGGCAUAAUCCGAGACGGCAGCACCGUGGACCGCCUGCCUGAUCCCGCCCUGACCUCUCGAUCUUCCUUUUCCGACGAGGGAGUGGCAUCCAAACGCUUGUCUGUCUCCUCCGCCUAUUCUUUGGCCUCGGCUCGUGGUAUUCCUAGCUCUGCUGCAUCCGUAUCUGCAUCAUCCGACGGCGGCGUCUCGCGCUCCGUGUCCGGUGUCAUUAUGGCUACCAACCACAAGGGCUUGGGACCAACACCUGGCCAUUCCGAGGCUGGGGUCUCGAACGUCACCGUCACCACCUCCUCGAGCCCUCCGACACCCAUGGGGGCUGGCCACCAGUUGAUGACUCGAGACUCCACCCCGGCGAGUUCUCUGGACGUUGUCAAGAGGAACGCACCACCCAGGUCCGACCCUAACAGCAACACCCCGCGGUCACAACCGCCGACUAGAUCUCGCAGUAGAGCCAAGAGGCGGUUUAGCGGUAGUACUGUGACUAGCAGUCACAGCCCGAGCAGUGAUCGGGGCAUCCUUCACGGCACCAAGGAAAAGGAGGAGGCGAGGCCUGCCCCUCUGGGCAUUAUUGGAGUCUGUGCUCUCGACUCCAAGGCCAGAAGCAAGCCUAGCAGAAACAUCCUGAACCGUCUGAUUGGGAAAAAGGAAUUCGACGUCAUUGUCUUCGGGGACAAGACAAUCCUCGACGAAGAGGUGGAGAACUGGCCCAUCUGUGACUAUCUGAUUUCUUUCUACUCUGACGGUUUCCCGCUAGAGAAGGCAAUAGCAUACGUCAAGGCAAGGAAGCCGUUUUGCGUCAAUGAUGUGCCCAUGCAAAAGAUCCUGUGGGAUCGACGACUCUGCCUUCGUAUCUUGGACUUGAUCGGCGUGCCAACCCCCAAACGAGUUGAGGUCAACCGUGAUGGAGGCCCUGGUCUCCUCACGCCUGAGGUGGCCAAGCACAUCGAGAGCAUCACCGGGCUCGCUCUGGAACCCACCAAUCCCGAGAAGGCUGUGCGCCCUAGAAAGGUCGAGCUGCUAGACGAUGGGGACAUCCUAAGCGUUGACGGCACCCUCCUCAAGAAACCAUUUGUGGAGAAACCCACCAGCGGCGAGGACCAUAACAUCAUCAUAUACUUUCCGAAGUCAAGUGGUGGCGGCGCCCGUAAGCUUUUCAGGAAAAUUGGCAACAAAAGCUCCGAGUACAUACCCGAUCUUACGAUUCCUCGAGCUAUCACCGAACCGGACAGCAGCUACGUCUACGAAAAGUUUAUGAGAGUAGAAAAUGCUGAGGAUGUCAAGGCUUACACCGUUGGCCCCGCGUUCUGCCAUGCCGAGACAAGGAAAUCUCCUGUUGUCGACGGAAUCGUUCGACGAAAUACGCAUGGCAAGGAGAUCCGCUACGUCACCCCUCUCAACGAUGAAGAGAAAGAAAUGGCACGAAAGAUAUCAACAGUAUUUGGGCAACGUGUCUGUGGGUUCGAUCUGCUGAGAGCUGAAGGCAAGAGCUAUGUGAUCGACGUCAAUGGCUGGAGCUUUGUCAAGGACAACGAUGACUACUACAAUCACUGCGCUAAGAUCCUAAAGGAGAUGUUCGUUAAGGAGAAAGCACGCCGAGGUGGUCUUACGCCACCGUUGCCGUCUCCCACCGCCUUUGACACUGCCGAUCCGCUUGCUAAGUCAGCAGUGGGUGCGAAGGAGCAGGCACCGCGAGCAGAUGCUUUACCAAUCAGCCAAGCCAAAUCUCCCGAAGCGCCGGGCACUGGCAUGGCUACGUCGGCGGCCAAAUCCAUCCAAGAUAUCAAAACGGCGGACGAAAUUCUGUCUGGUGCCAUAUCGCCGCCCAGAUCCGAAGGGGUUUCGUCUGGUAUAGCAUCAAAGGUGCACAGCGGCGUAUUGAGCCCAGCGAGUAUCGUGCCUGCGGACUCUACGGUACCCAGCGUACCAGCAACUGCACCAGCCACAGUUCCUGGCACGCCAGCAGUGAAUGCCAACAACUCGGUUGACGCGGAGUUUGACCAGCCAACCCCUCCGCCUCCGCCGCCCAAGCAUCAGUGGAAGUUGAAAGGCUUGGUAUCUGUCAUUCGCCACGCCGAUCGCACACCCAAACAGAAGUACAAAUUCACAUUCCACACUCAGCCCUUCAUCGACCUUUUGAAAGGCCAUCAGGAGGAGGUAUUGCUCAUCGGCGAAGCUGCUCUUAGUAGUGUCCUAGAUGCAGUAGACUUUGCUCUUCGGCAAGGUGAAGAAGACAUGGUCAAACUACGGUCCCUUCGCAACGUCCUCGUGAAGAAGGGGGGUUGGGCCGGAACCAAGAUCCAGAUCAAACCCAUGUUUCGUAAAAAGAAGUCAGACGACAUGGCGGCCAGCUCUACCACAAAGCUCACCGAGGCUGCCUCGGUCGAACCCGGGGAGCCACGUAAUGAAACACCUGUUAACGACCAGCCAGGCGACGCCAAUGCCGAUGAGACAGCCAUCGGACCCGACGGGAGUCGUCGCCCGCCUAAACGCAGCGACUCAAUGUCCGGUGUCACGAUGUCAAAGUUCACUGCUGCUGAGAACAGCCUUGUGCUAGAUAAGUUGCAACUUAUUGUGAAGUGGGGCGGUGAACCUACGCACUCAGCUCGGUACCAGGCUAUUGAACUCGCGCAGAACAUGAGGAAUGAUUAUCUAUUGUUGAAUCGCGAGGUUCUCGACGAAGUUCAUGUGUUCAGCAGCUCGGAGAGACGAGUGACAGCCAGCGCACAGAUAUGGGCCACCACUUUCUUGAACAAGGAAGAGCUCCCGCAAGACGCUAUCACCGUUCGGAAAGACCUGUUGGACGACUCCAAUGCCGCGAAGGAUGAAAUGGAUAAAGUCAAGAAGAAGCUUAAAGGGCUCCUGCGCAAGGGUAACGAGCGUCCACCCCAAUUUGCGUGGCCUGAUAGCAUGCCAGAGCCUUCGGAGGUGCAGAAUCGAGUCGUGGCACUCAUGAAGUUCCACCGCAGAGUCAUGCAGCAUAACUACAACAAGCUUCUCAGUGGUGCGGUCACCUCGUUGAGUGCUAUACAAAACCCUAGCGUGGAAAAGCUAGAAGGAGAGGGUUCAACGUCGUCAAUGGCGUCAGCCCUCUCUCAAGCCAAUGCAGUGAACAACAUUCAAGCGAGGUGGUGCUGUGGCGAGGACGCUGAGCUGUUCAAAGAGCGCUGGGAAAAGCUGUUUGCAGAAUUUUGCGACAACGAAAAAGUCGAUCCAAGCAAGAUCUCCGAGCUAUAUGACACGAUGAAGUUCGAUGCCCUUCACAACCGGGCCUUUCUUGAAUGGGUAUUUACACCGCCCAAGGAGAUGCUGGAGAAGGAGUACGGUAUUUUCAUCGGGCGAGACGGGAAAGUCACACCCAAAGAGAGUGAAGAAAGCAAAGACGCGACUGCUUCCGAUGAUAAGUCAGACCAGAGUCAGGCCGUAGGGUCGCCUCCUAGUGAGAGAUCAGAUAAAUCAGAGCGAUCUGAUCGAACUGAUCGAGCUGAAAGGGGCGACGUUCGGGGCACGGCUAAGAGAAUAUUCCGGAGACGCUCUUGGAUGAACAUGAACAUGCGUCAGCAAGGGGCAGACCCUCCUGAACAGUACUUCCGGUUGCAACAAUCAGGCGGUCCGACAAAGGCAAAGACCGAUGCACGAUUUGAGUCUUUGCGAGAACUGUACACGCUGGCCAAGGUCUUGUUUGACUUCAUCUGCCCCCAGGAGUAUGGAAUUUCAGACAGUGAAAAGCUUGAGAUUGGUCUUUUGACAACCCUUCCUUUGCUCAAGGAGAUUGUGCAAGACCUCGAGGAAAUGCAAGCAUCGGAUGACGCGAAGUCGUUCUUCUACUUCACCAAAGAAUCGCACAUCUACACACUGUUGAAUUGCAUUCUCGAGGGCGGCAUCAAGACCAAGAUCAACCGGGCUAGCAUCCCUGAACUCGAUUACCUGUCCCAAAUCUGCUUCGAGCUUUACGAGUCGGAAAUCAAGCCGCCCAUUACGUCUCCGGAAAAUCCUUCCACAUUUGCCUACAGCAUUCGCAUCACUAUCAGUCCCGGAUGCCACAUCUAUGAUCCUCUUGAUAUCCAGCUCGACAGCAAGCACUGCAUCGGCUGCGCGCCGCGUAGGAGUUUGACAGAUCACGGUGACUGGAAGACCGUCAUCGAGACUCUGAGGGCUAAGUUUCAUCAGGUUAAAUUGCCGAAGAGUUUCCUUGCCAUCAACUUGUCUGAUGCUUUCUCCUUCCAAGAGAAAGAGCGUCAGAACUCCGAAGGCGACGUUUUGGAAAUGAAGAAUGUUGAGCACGCGGCGUCGUACGUGCCCCCGAGCCAUGAGCCAGUUGUCUCUGGGGCUGUUGCCGGAUCCAUUGAUCCGACAGCUCCUACCGCGGCCGACCCAGAGAAAUGA